UGGCGCAUGCACGGCUCAGCUGGUAUGUGAUCAAGGCGAUAUAUCGCCCAGUGUAAUAAUGCAUUUUUACUGUGCUUUUAACGUAUUAACCAAGUGCUGGACGCUGCAUUGUUGUUAACGGAAUCAUGGACCUUGAUGACACACUCACAGUGGUUAAACAAUGAUUAGUACUUAAUUGAAUGAUUAAUAAGGAGAGACGGGAUUUGUGAACUUUUUUUUCCGGGGUUUUACCAUUGUUUUCGGUUUUAAAUGUGCCACAAACGGAGGUGGACACACGAGAACAGCUGGGACUGCUACGUGUCAUUGGUAUUGAUUUUUUGAGGAUUUUUUGGGGGUGAUUUGGAGUUUAUUUAUUUCGGGGGGGGAGCAUGGAUUUGAUCGGGGAUGAGGACAGGCGGAGACGCCUCAGAGCACUCGAGGAGAGGAUCAAGGAUCCCAGGAGUGUCUCCAAUAUCGAUUGUCUGCUGGAUACUGUGCAGGCACUUGUUGCUGAUUGCGAGCAUCCCAGUGUCAAGAGGAUGAAGAAUAUUGAGGCUUAUAUGAACAGAUAUGACUCAGUGGCGCAAGAAAUCUGCAAAAUGCGAAUGCGCACAGACGACUUCACCCUGAUAAAAGUGAUCGGUCGAGGUGCCUUCGGCGAGGUACAACUAGUCAGACACAACUCCACCCAGAAGGUUUACGCAAUGAAGCUGCUCAGUAAAUUCGAGAUGAUAAAACGCUCUGACUCUGCCUUCUUCUGGGAGGAACGAGACAUAAUGGCGCACGCAAACUCCCAGUGGAUUGUGCAGCUCCACUUCGCCUUCCAGGACCAGAAGUACCUCUACAUGGUGAUGGACUACAUGCCAGGGGGCGACCUGGUGAACCUCAUGUCGAAUUACGACGUCCCUGAGAAGUGGGCGAAGUUCUACUGCGCUGAGGUCGUCCUCGCCCUGGACGCCAUCCACUUGAUGGGAUUUGUUCACAGAGACGUCAAACCCGAUAACAUGCUUCUGGACAAAUAUGGACACCUGAAGCUUGCGGACUUUGGCACCUGCAUGAGGAUGGAUACUGAUGGCUUAGUGAGGUCUGACACUGCUGUGGGAACUCCUGAUUACAUCUCUCCAGAGGUCCUCCAGUCCCAAGGAGGUGAAGGAGUCUACGGCCGAGAGUGCGACUGGUGGUCAGUGGGAGUCUUCCUCUACGAGAUGUUGGUCGGCGACACUCCAUUCUACGCCGACUCCCUGGUGGGCACGUACUCCAAAAUAAUGGACCACCGAAACUCCCUGCACUUCCCCCAAGAGGUCGACAUCUCCCACUCAGCCAAGAGCCUGAUCUGCGGUUUCCUAACGGACAGGACAAACCGCCUGGGCCGAAACGGUGUCGAGGAGAUAAAAACCCACCCCUUCUUCAAAAACGACCAGUGGACCUUCGACAAUCUCCGGGAGUGCGUGCCCCCAGUGGUCCCCGAGCUCUCAGGGGACGACGACACGAGUAAUUUCGACGACGUCGACAAGGAGGACACCCCCGAAGAGAGCUUUCCAGUGCCAAAAGCCUUCUCCGGAAAUCACCUGCCCUUCAUAGGAUUCACAUACUCCGGAGACUACCAAUUACUGAUCAAUAAAACUGGCAAGGAGGCCGUGGAUGGCAUCAGUGGAAUUCUCGACAAUCACAUUAACAACGGGGGAGUGACGAUAACCAGUGAUGAGCACAAGAUAUCGCAGCUGGAGAGCCUGCUGGAGCGUGAGAGACGACAGGUGGAGACUCUGGAGGCGCGUCAUCACGCCCUGACGAGUCAGAUGGAGGCGAUAACCAGGAGGGAGAGUGAGCUGAGGGGCGAGGCUGCUAGGGCUGACAAGGAGCUGACUAUUCUCAGACAUACGUACAAGGAGGUGCAGCGCAGGGUGGAGCACGAGACAGAGGCGAGACGAAAGGCUGAAAAUCUCCUCGCUGAUUUGAAGAAGAAGUUCGACGAGGAGCAGAGCAGGAGGCAGAGGGAUGCCUCCAACUCGCACUUGACUUCGGAGAGGGUGUUGACUCUCGAGAAGCAGAUCAAGGAGAUGCAGAGCAAGCUGGAGAGGGAGACAGAGUCCGCCAGCAGGAUGAGGAAACAGGCGACUGAGGUGACUGUUGCUAGGCAAACUGCCAAGCAGAUGGCCAAUGAGUUGCAGGCAGCUAGGGCACAGCUUCAGGCGCAGACUGACUCGCUGCAGCAGGAGGUGGCUAGUCUGCAGGGACAGUUGUCCAAGGAGCGCAGCUCGAGAACGCAGGAGGCUAAUUUAACUGCGGAGUUGAAGUCCAGGCUGGCUGCUUUGUAUGCCGAGCUCGAGGGCGCCAGGGAGAAGGAGGAGAAGGUCAUGCUGGAUAAUAGGUUGCUUAAUGAGAAGGUCUCGGCUUUGGAGAAGGAGGCCGCUAGCUUGACGUUGGAGCUCAAGGCUGCUCAGGCUAGGUAUAAUCAGGAGGUCGCCGCACAUCAGGAGACUGAGAGGUCCAGGAUGCUGUCCAAGGAGGAGGCUAAUAUGGAAGCUGUCAAGGGAGGAUUAAACAAAACCAUCAAAGUCAAGCUGAACGAGGAGAAGAGUGGACGACAGAGAGCUGAACUCCUAGCUCAGGAGAAGGAACGUCAGACGUCGAUGCUCUCGGUUGACUACCGCCAGAUCCAGCAGAGACUGCAGAAGCUCGAGGGUGAGCACAGACAGGAAGUCGAAAAAGUCAAAGGACUUCAAGGACAAGUCGAGCAGGAGCAGCAGAAGAGAGACAUUCUCCAGGCGGAUUUGGGGCAGCAAACGUCAGAAGCUGGAAGACUUCGGGCACGCGAGCAGCAGCUGCUCGGAGAAGUCAAUCAACUCAGAGAGGCUAAAAGGCAGAUUGACGAGGAGCUCAAUACCCUCAAGACCCAGCGCAAUGUCGACUUACUUCAGACUAAGGAACUGCAGGAGCAGCUGGAGGCUGAGGCGUACUUCUCGACACUGUACAAAACACAGACUCAAGAACUCCGCGAGGAGCUAGAUGAAAAGACUCGUCUCCAGCAGGAACUCGAGGAGGAAAGAAGUUCCCUGGUGCAUCAGCUGCAGCUGUCCCUAGCUCGAGGUGACAGUGAGGCCCUCGCCAGAUCGAUAGCUGAGGAGACAGUCGCUGACUUGGAGAAGGAGCGAACGAUGAAGGAGUUGGAGUACAAAGACGGUCUUGUGAAGCAUCACCACGAGUUGACAGCUAAAGAGCAGCUGUUGAAUAAGAUCAAGGACAGUGAAUCAGAGCUGAAGAAGUCCGUUGAUCAGUACCUCAAGGAGAAGGACGACAUUAACAAGAAGCUGAAGGACCUCCAGGAGCUGCUGACAAAGUCCCAGGAGGAGAUCGACAAGCUCAACGCCAGAUUGAAGACAGAACAACUUCUGAAGCAGGAGGCAAUCAGCAAGUUGACGCAGGUUGUCAGCAGAAAGGACUUCUCAGCAACGGGAAAAGCCAAGAACAAAGCUUCUUCAGCCGAUCUCAGGAAGAAGGAGAAGGACUGCAGGAAGUUGCAGCAGGAGUUGACGCAGGAGCGUGAGAAGUAUGGACAGUUGGCAGCUAAGUGGCAGAAGGAUCUGCAGGAUCUUCAGGCGCAGCUGGUGGAGGAGAACUCCUCGAAAUUGAGACUGCAGAUGGAGUUGGACUCCAAGGAUUCCGAGAUUGAGACACUGCAGAUGAAGAUAUCGUCGAUGAACUCGGAGACUGCCAGUGUUUCGUCCAUUGAGAAUGACGGAGAUGACUCACUACUGCCUGAUCAUGGUGCCAUGAGACUCGAAGGCUGGUUAAAUGUCCCUAAUAAGCAGAAUAUCAAGAGACAUGGGUGGAAGAAGCAGUAUGUCGUUGUGUCUUCCAAGAAGAUCAUAUUCUAUAACAGUGAGCAUGAGAAGAUGAAUGCUGAUCCUGUUUUAAUACUCGAUUUGAGUAAAGUUUUUCAUGUGAGGUCAGUCACUCAGGGGGACGUUAUUAGAGCAGACGCCAAAGAUAUUCCUAGGAUAUUUCAGUUGCUGUAUGCGGGCGAGGGUGAAGCCAGACGUCCUGGUGACGAGAGCAAUCCACUGCCGGGAGCUGAACUACCUCAAUUGACUGACAAACCAGGGACACAGUCGGUCAAGGGACACGAGUUCAUUUCUAUUUCUUAUCACAUGCCAACAACUUGCGAAGUUUGUUCAAAGCAAUUGUGGCACAUGUUCAGACCACCACCUGCUCUUGAAUGUCGAAGAUGUCACAUAAAGGUUCACAAAGAGCACCUCGACAAAAAGGAAGAUGCAAUAGCCCCCUGCAAGCUCCACUACGACCCCAACAGUGCUCGUGAGCUCUUGUUACUCGCUGGCAAUCCUGACGACCAGAAAUAUUGGGUUGCCCGGUUGUCCCGACGCAUACAAAAGUGCGGAUACAAAGCCAACUCCCACGUUGAUGGGACAGGACAACGCGUAUCGCCAAGGGAAUCAACAAGAUCAACGUUAAAACCUUACCUCUCUGUUCAACAGAGAUCAGCAACGUUACCAGCUAAUGCGAGUAUGGGAAAAUGACCUUAAAACUCACUUGUGAUCUGUUAUUAAUCAGCAUCAUAUUCUGUUCAGUGCUAUUUAAUCGAGUUAUGAGAGACAGAAUGAUACUGAUGGAAUCUCAAUCGCCAAAGGUACACAGAUUAAUCAGUGAUACGAGUUGCACAGGAGCUCCAUGGAAUGAUAAAUUGUGAGGGCUCCAGAGAGGCUGGAUAACCUGUGUACACCGAAUCCAUUUGAUAUUUGCCAUUUAAUCUCGAGUCCCCCUUGCCAAGUUCGAGAAAACAAAUCAGUUCAUUAUUAUUUUCAUUUUUUCUAAUUAACGUGACUACUUCGUCGUUUUCUACUAAUGAUUCAGCUGUUUUUUUUAUUAUUAACUUCCCUUUCGAUAGGUAAUGGGGAAGUUGAGAGUACACUCGUCAAACCCAUUGUGUUUAUGAAUAAUAAUAAGUAUCUUUUUCGAUUAAUAGAAUCCUUCAAAUUUCAAAUCGUAUAGUAUUAUUAUUUUUAUAUGUAAAAAAAUGUGGAGGAGAGGGAGAAUUAACGUCGUGGUGUGAUUUAUUUUUAAUGAAUCAUGUUGAUGAAUAUGAUCAUUUGCAUUUUCCCUCUUUUUAUUGAAUAAUUGUACCUAAAUUCAAUCAAAUGGAACAGGAUCUCGAUUCAUGGGUGUUUUUUUUUACUGUACAAAACAAAGUGAAUUAAGGUGACUUGCAUACAUCACCACGAUGUCCUAGGAUCUUGUUGUAAUGUUACUGAUUAGUUGAAAUAAGUGAAGGAUGAACAAUCAAUAUUCGAAGAUAAUAUAAUUUUCAUUGAGACGCGCAUUAAUUGACUAAUUGAUAUGAAUUAUUACCUAAAAAUGUGAGAAAACACAUUCUCGAUGUUUUCAUUUUCUAGUGGUCGUAGAGAUCAGAAUUGUAGGGCCCAUUGAAUCAAGUGGUGCUAGUGGUUAUUUUUUUUUUGCAUCUGAUUUAUCGAUGUAAUUUGAUAAUAAUUAUUGGGGGUUUAUUACUACAGCCUGUAAUUGCUACUUGAGCAAGAAAAUGUUAACCGACUGCUGCCCUGUGCCUUUUUUUCGUUUUCUUCCUCAAUUUAUUGGGGUUGAAUUACCCUCUUUAUAUGGAAAUUCUACAAAUUUUUUUCUGUACUCUGAUACAGUGAGAUAAUAAGCAAAGUAACUAGAGUAAAUAAUUGAAUAAAAGAGAAAAUAGUUAUUAUUAUGUUGAAUGAUAAAUAAUUGUUACAACCUGUUUUCUCAAUUUAAUCGGUCAAUCGAUAAUAUUAACGAGAAUAUUCAUGUGAAAUGCGGUGAAUCAAAGGUUUUUCUUAAUUGUAAGAGAUGAUGACAGAUGCACGGUGCUGCUGAGUCACGAUGACCAACAAUUUUCUAAGGUAAAUUAUUGAUAAAUUUAACGAGAGAAAGUGAAAUCAUGAUGAUGCGAAAAAAUAAGAAUGCAAAAAAACUUGUUACACCAUAUUUUAUUGUUUAGUUAUUUACAAUCUGUAUAAUAUCAAUUAUUAUUACGAUUAAAACUAUUUUGUAGAUAA